AUGAGCCACAGUGGGAGCGCAGACCGCUCCGGGAGGAAGGACAGCAGCUGGGAGCUCAGCCCAGCCAUGGGGUUCCAAGGGAAACUGCCUUCAUUGCUGCUGCUGCUGGUGACCUGGGUCCAGCCUGGGACAGGUCUGGAGAGCAUAAGCUAUGUCCCCCAGGUCUCCAACGACACCCUGGCGGGGAGACUCACACAGUCUACUUUCACGCUGGAGCAGCCCCUGGGCCAGUUCAAGAAUGUCAGCCUCUCUGACCUGGACGCCAUCUGGCUGGUGGUGGCUCACAGCGACGCCACCCAGAGCUUUGCCGCCCCACAGAAGGUCUUGGACACACACACGCCUGCCAACUUUGACCGCAAUGGCUACUACCUUACACUGAGGGCCAGCCGGGUACACUACGAGGGUGGCCAGCCUGCCAGCCGACUCCGAGUUCUUCGUGUUGGCAAUGAUAACAACUGCUCCUUGGAGUCCCUCAGCUGUAACGCGCCUCUGCCGGGGGCUGGGCCCUACAGGGUGAAGUUCCUGGCCAUGAGUGCCAAGGGACCUGUGGCUGAGACGAAGUGGUCCAAGGACAUCUACCUGCAGCAAGCCCGGGCAUUCCAAGGAGCCCCAGGGUCCCAGAGCAAGGGUACUGUGGUCAUCAUUGCCUUUUUGUCCAUUCUACUGGCCAUCCUGCUAGUGGUUUUCCUCGCGCUGGUCAUAUCCGCUUGCGUCGGGAGCACUCCUGUACCCAGCCCAGCGGAGCAAGUGCGCAUGAGACGAUACCGCGCCCACCACGCGGGCGGCUCCUGAGGGGUUCCGGGGCCUCCUCUGGGGGCCAAGCUGUUGAGCUUGACCCGGGCUCUGCCUGGCGGAAAAUGUUCUCAGCACGAACCUUGGACUAGCCAGUCCUUGUCAUAAAUAAAUACCCCUAACAUCUUUGGA